AUGGCGGAAGUUGAGGCUCCGACGCAGGAGGUCAAGCUCUUCGGUCGCUGGUCUUUCGAGGACGUACAGGUCAAUGAUAUUUCACUGGCUGAUUACCUUGCUGUCAACCCUACAAAGCAUGCCAUUUAUCUUCCCCACACUGCUGGAAGGUAUUCGGCUAAGAGGUUCCGCAAGUCUCAGUGCCCAAUUGUUGAGAGGCUGACAAACUCUCUGAUGAUGCACGGUCGCAACAAUGGCAAGAAGGUCAUGGCUGUUCGCAUUGUGAAGCAUGCUAUGGAGAUUAUUCACCUGCUAACUGAUGCAAACCCUAUCCAAAUUAUUGUUGAUGCCAUCAUAAACAGUGGUCCAAGGGAAGAUGCAACUCGUAUUGGAUCUGCUGGUGUUGUUAGAAGGCAGGCAGUUGAUAUAUCUCCUUUGAGGCGUGUGAACCAGGCAAUCUACCUUCUUACCACCGGUGCUAGGGAAAGUGCUUUCAGGAACAUCAAGACCAUUGCAGAGUGCCUUGCCGAUGAGCUUAUCAAUGCAGCUAAAGGUUCUUCUAACAGCUACGCCAUCAAGAAGAAGGACGAGAUUGAGCGUGUCGCAAAGGCCAACCGCUGA